AUGGCCCAAGAACACCAUAUUUUCUCCAUCACAGAAAUACUCGAAGCUAUUCUCCUGCAUACAGACAACGUUACUCUGCUAACUUCGGCCCAGCGAGUCUGCCGCCACUGGCAUCGUCUCAUCCAAGGCUCCCACGCUCUCCAGUGUGCUCUUUUCUUCAAGCCAACCAAUAAGCCAUAUUGCUUGGGCCAGAAACGCAUCCAAAACCCCCUAAUCGAAGAAAACCUAUGGCCUCAGUACUUUCGAGAAGAACUUCGUACAAGGCCAAGAGGUAUCAUCUAUAAAGAGCGUCAGUUCCCCGUGAUCGACGCAGGCAAAGAGCGUGCAUAUCUUUACGUUAAAGCCAGCUGGAAACGCAUGUUUACGCACCAGCCCCCGACAUCUCACGUUGGCAUUAUCGAGACAGCCCGGGGCUCGAAGGAGAAUCACUUUUCGCAGCUCGUGCUCAGCCCCAAAGGUGGGUUUGUCCGGCUGGAACAUCUGGACAACGCCGUGGAUUCAAGCACUCUCAUGCCAGGCGAGGAGCCCCUGGUGUUCUAG